AACAAUCGUAGUGUUAUAUCAGUUCACUCUGAGAUAGUGUGAGUAAUAUUUGUAGUGAAAUAUAUAAAAAAAAAUAUUUGUGCUUAAAGAUGAGUCCAUAUCAGAUUGCCUCCUUUAUCAUGAUUUUUGGAGUUUACUUGGUUCAUUCUAAUCCAGUAAAAUAUACACCUGACAAUGACAACCAGGCUUUAAGUGGAAACGACAGGUACACAGUUGAAAAUAUAGAGCGUGUGCCAGAAAACACUAACCAACAGCAAGUCAGAAAACUCAAAACAAGAUCAUUGGAUACAUUCUACUUUGACGAUACCCCUAGGGUUGUCAGAGUGAGGAGAUCAUCAAAUUAUAGACAAAGAUAUGAUGACAGUGACAAUUACUAUGACAAUGACGAUUGGGCAGGCUAUGACAGAAAGGGUUCUGACGUAGGAUAUCUGGACAAAGAUGAUGACGCACCCACUGUUGUAUGGUAAAAACAGAAAUUAAAAGAAAAUUCUUAAAUAUAUAUUUUUUUUGUAAACCAUGUUCCUUAUUUUGUGUUAUUUUAUUUCAAAAAUAAGUUAUUUAUUUCUGUAUAUAUUUUAAGAACAUUAAUAAUUUAAUUAUUUAUUUAUACAAGAUGGGGAUUUACUGGAGCAUCUUGAGCUCCCCUGUUACAAUGUUAUUAUAAAUUUAUUAAUAGUUGUUAACAAUUAAAGAACGCUUAUUUAAUAUGUACAAUUUUUUUAAUAAAAAAUACCUUUAUUAAACA